AUGGGAGAGAAGGGACAGCCCAGAUACUUGACAUACAGUAACAGAGUCCUUUUGCUGGGGCAGGUGGUGGACUUGGAUGCUCUGCGGGAGCUGGCGUGGAGCGGCGUUCCUGCAGACCUGCGGCCGGUGUGCUGGCAGCUGCUGCUCGGCUACCUGCCUCCAAAUCGGGAGCGCAGGGAACAGAUACUGGAGAGGAAAAGGAGGGAGUACAGAGAUAUGGUACCGGAGUAUUAUGACAUAGAGGCGGCGGAGCGCAGCGAGGAUGACAACUGCGCGUUGAGACAGGUGAUUGUUGAUGUGCCGCGCACGGCGCCAGGCGUCCCCUUUUUCAGCCAACCAAGGCUGCAAAAGAGCCUGGAGCGGAUCCUCUUUCUUUGGGGCAUACGGCACCCGGCGAGCGGCUACGUGCAGGGCAUAAACGACCUGGUGACGCCUUUUCUGGCGGUAUUUCUGUCGCCGCACUUUGAGGGCCCCGUGGAGGGCUGGCCGGAGGGCUGUGCGGCCGAUCUCCCCGAGGAGGCCAUGACUGGCGCGGAGGCGGACUCCUACUGGUGCCUCUGCAAGCUGCUGGACAGCAUCCAGGACCACUACACCCACGCGCAGCCGGGCAUUCAGCGCACCGUCUUCCGCCUGCAGGAGCUCGUCAGGCGGAUAGACGAGCCCUUCGCGCAGCACCUGGAAGCAGAGGGGCUCGAGUUCCUGCAUUUUCAGGUUUUGUGCAGGUGGGUGAACUGCCUGCUGAUCAGGGAGAUUCCGUUCUCGCUGGCGAUGCGGCUGUGGGACACGUAUUUGGCGGAGGGCGUGCGCAUGAAGGAGUACCUCACUUAUGUCCUGGCCGCCUUCCUGCUCACCUGGUCCGCCGAUCUCAAACGCAUGGACUUCCAGGAAAUGAUCCUCUUCCUCCAGAAGCUGCCAACGGGAGACUGGGGUGAGAAGGAGGUUGAGAGCGUGCUCAGCAGGGCUUACAUGUGGCGCACAUCCUUCGACCAAGCCAAGUCACACCUCCAGCAGCAAUAG